UACUUUGCGGACGUGUCUUUGUCCGUAAAUUAAAUACCUAUCUGUAAAACUUUUGUCUCGUAUUUUUAUUUGUAUAUUUUUGAAGUUGUAGCUGUUUCUGCUGUUUAACAGUCUUUGACACAAAACGGCGAUGAUAUCCAGAUGGCGAGGACUAAACUAGUGCUACAUUAAAAUGUGUUAGUGUUGUGAACGCGUGAUAUCGAUAAAAUUCAAAAUGGAUCACAAUUCGACGCUGGAGACAAUAUAUCCAAGAGAAGCGACAAUCGUCGCUGCUGCUUGUGCAUGUAUAUUUAGUGUCGUAGGUGUUAUAGGUAACCUAGUGACCACAAUAGCACUGGCCCUUCAUCCGAAACUACGUGGUCAUGUGACCACCAUGUUCGUGCUGUCACUGUGCGUCUCUGACCUUCUGUUCUGCAGCAUAAAUCUACCUCUCACAGCUAGCCGGUACAUCCAGCAGCGAUGGGUGUUCGGACCGCAGCUAUGUCAGAUGUUCGCGUUCGUGUUCUACGGCAAUGAGGCUGUCUCGCUCCUGUCCAUGGUUGCCAUCACUAUCAACAGGUACACUCUGAUCGCGUACUACGACAUGUACUCCCAGAUCUACACCACUACCCGCAUCUGGAUACAGCUGGCGCUGGUCUGGCUGGUGUCUUUUGGACUCAUGAUCCCACCUCUACUAGGUGUCUGGGGCCACCUCGGUCUAGACCCUCAUACUUUCUCCUGCACCAUCUUACCCAAGAACGAGAGAAGCCCUAAGAAGUUUCUCUUCGUUUUCGGCUUCGCGCUGCCCUGCCUGGUGAUCAUCGUGUCCUACUCGUGUAUAUACUGGAGGGUGAGAGAGAGCAAGCGCAAGCUGGAGGGACGAAGGUGUGUAUGCGGCAAGCUCGGCGGUCAAACAGCGAAAGAGAAAGAGGAAGACUCCCGUCUGACGACGCUGAUGCUGACGAUAUUCCUGUGCUUUCUCGCCUGCUUCCUGCCCCUCAUGAUUAUGAAUGUCGCCGACGAUGGCAUCAGGUACCCCUGGUUCCACAUUAUCGCGUCCAUCCUGGCGUGGGCGUCAAGCGUCAUCAAUCCGCUGAUAUACGCGGCAACCAACCGCCAGUACCGCGCCGCCUACAGCAACCUUCUCAGGUUCUGUCGCAACCAGCCGCCCGUCAGACGAACCACGCUCGGCAGCAGAACCAUGGGACAGUCUUCCAACUCACCACAGUAUAACGACAAACGAAAUCCCACGAGAUUGUAGGACUAAACUUGACUAAAGGUUAGAACAAUGGCCGUUACAAAAAAGGAUGGUCCUACCGUUAGGACUUUUUUUUCGAUUUUAACCCAAGCCAAAUAACUUUCCAUAAAACCUGAGAAAAAGGUUACAUACAGAAAUAUCUGAUUAUCGUAUUAUUACUUUGUAGAGAAUAAUUAUUUAAAAUACGCUCUAACUGACGCAAGUUGGAGUGUAUUUUAAAUAAUUCAAGUAAAGUAGAUAAUGCGAAUGCUAAUCUUAAGCGACUUCAAUUUUUUUUCUCCUGUGCGAAAUAUACGUUAUAAUAGUCUAUCUCACGACGAUCACGAAUCUCCAGACGUUGUAAAUAGUUAGAAUAUAAUGAUCUAUGUAAUGUCAAUUUGAUUUUGAUUGAACUCGAAUCAAAACAUUUGAAAAUGCACCGUAUGUUUGCAUGGUUUUCUAUGGAGAGUGUUUUGUGCUUUCAAUUCAAAACCACAUGGUGAAUAUUGAAUAUACAGUGUGUUCAUGGGCGAAGGGGG